AUGAAUGCUACACGCGUUCGACAUCUCGAGAAUGCACUGAAUCUUUUCGACAAGACCCGCAAGACGGAGGCGCCCGCUCUUCCGCUGGACCUCUUCUUGCGGCGGUACUUCCAGGCACAUAAGUUCUUGGACGAGAAAGACCGUGCGUGGAUUGCAGACAAGACCUAUGAGAUGCAUAGGUGGCGAGGCCUAAUCGACCACUUGACCCCACAACCGCACAACUGGGCGGGUAUUCACCUGUGGACAGUUGGAUCAUCGAGCCUCGAGUUCCAGUGGUGCUCCACGCAGGCUGUUUUUGAAGGAGAUGCAGCCACCGAGCCUUCUCGUGUGCAGGCCGAGCAUGAACAAAAGUUUGUCUUCUGCGGUCGCCUAGCUGAAUGUACUGGACGUUUGGAGAGUGCGAUAGCCCUGGGCAGCAAGCUUUUGGGGAAGAAGGCCAUCGUGGUCAUGCCAGAGGACUCCCCGAACGUCAAGGUCAGUGCAGUUCGGGACACCUACGGUGCAGAGGUCAGGUUCUGCAAGCCCACGCAAGAGGCACGUGAGGCCAUGUCAGCUGAAAUUGUGGCUGACCUUCGUCAGCAGCAUGGCGCAGACAAGGCUGAAGAGAUUCACCCAAAUCAGGACAUCCGGGUGGUGAAUGGCCAGGGCUCUGUUGCUCUGGAGCUGCUGGAGCAACAGACCGACCUGGAUGCCAUCGUGGUGUCCAUUGGGGGCGGCGGCCUGAUUUCCGGGAUCGCCACGUAUGUCAAAAGCGUUAACAAAGCCAUCAAAGUAAUUGGUGCAGAGCCCGAGCGUGCCAGAAGCGCUUUCAUGUCGAAGCAGGCUGGUAAGCUGGUGAAGAAUCCCCCAAACACUGUCAUUGACACCAUUGCCGAUUCUGUGAAAAGCAGCCUCGGUCCAACGACGUACCCCGUCGUCCAGGAUUUGGUGGACGAUGUCUUUACCGCCACCGAACAGGAGAUCGAGGAUGCCACCAAGUUCACAUUGGAGAGAGCCAAGCAGGUCAUCGAGCCGGGAUGUGGUGUGGCAGUUGCGGUGGCAACAUCCAAACAGCUGUAUGAUCGGUAUCCUGAUCUCCAAAAGAUUGGUGUCGUGCUGUGUGGUGGAAAUGUUGACUUGGACAACCUGCCCUGGCGGAAGUGA